GGCGGGGGAAAGCGGGAGAAGGCUACGGGCUGGGAGCUCCGGGGCCGGGAACGCGAUGCACUCGCUCUUCAGGAAACGCAACAAAGGGAAAUACAGCCCCUCCGUGCAGAAAAAGAGCAUCUCCAGUAAAGAGCUGACCGAGCUCAUCGAGCGCCUGCAGAAGAAUGCGGACCAGGUGGAGAAGAACAUCGUGGAGACAGACUCCCGCAUGCAGAACGACCUGCAUAAGAUCAAGGCAUGCCAGCCGGCGCAGCACCGCGACCUGACGGCGCAGAAGCUCUCCGAGUCCGACAAGCUGCUCUAUGUGCUGGAUGGGGACGCGGCCGUCGCCCGCCACAUGAAGCACCCGCAGGGGGACAUGAUCACAGAAGACAUCCGGCAGCUGAAGGAACGAGUGGCAAACCUGCGUGUGAAACACAACCAGAUCUACAGCUUCCCCCUGCAGCAGAACAUUGAGCCCCAGGUCAACUGGUCAACAGUGAUCGAGGAGAAACAGGGCGCGCUGAGCAGCAAGGGCUUCGGGACCGACCUGCCGCUGGUCAACAGCCAGGUGGAGGAGCACAACAUCUUCCACAACGAGGUCAUGGCCAUCGGCCCACACAUCGCCAAGGAAGGCAACAAGGAAUACCUGAGUGACUUCCAAGCCAAAUACCAGAAGCUGCUGGCUGGCUCCCAACAACGGCAGCAGGACCUGAACUCCUUGCAGGACUACAUGCAGCGCUGCACCAACAAGCUCUACUGGCUAGAUCAGCAGGCCAAGGACAGGACCCACUAUGACUGGAGUGACCACAACCUGGACUACCCCAGCCGGCGCCGCCAGUACGAGAACUUCAUCCACCGGAAGCUGGAGGAGAAGGAGGAGGCCAUCAACAAGCUGCACGCAGACGGGGACCAGCUGCUUGCCCAGAACCACCCCGGGAAGAAUGCCAUCGAGGCUCACAUCGAGGCAGUGCAUGCUGACUGGAAGGAGUACCUCAACCUGCUGAUAUGUGAGGAGAGCCACCUGAAGUUCAUGGAGGACUUCCACAAGUUUCAGAAGGACAUUAAGGAUGCCCAGGAGCUCUUGAAGAAGGUGGAUACAGACCUGGACCAAAAAUUCAGCCCGGAGUUCAAGGACAGAUACCAGCUGGAGUCUCUCCUCCGGGAGCUGGACGACCAGGAGAAGGCCCUGGAGAAGUACGAGGCAGUGGUGAGGUCCCUGCAGGAGCGCAGCCAGCAGGUCCUGCCCCUGCGCUACCGCCGCGAGGCACCACUGCAGCCUGUCCCCGUCGAGGCUCUCUGCGAGUAUGAAGGCGAGCAGGGCCAGAUAAGCCGAGGAGCCCACUACACCCUGCAGAAGAACAGUGGAGACAUCUGGGAAGUGGCAGACAGCUCAGGAGAGAAGAUCAGUGCCCCAGGGGUCUGCUUCAUGAUCCCUCCUCCUGAUCCAGAAGCCAUAGCACUGGCAGACCAAACUGCUGACCACUACAUGACUGUGAAGGAGAAGACAUCUAACUGCAAGAACAUCCUCCAGCAGCGCUACGAGGGGCUGAAGGCUGACAGCAUUGGAGAUGCUGCGUCGGUUCGGGGACGCCAGCUGCUGGCAGGGCUGGAGAAGGUGAACAGCGACCUGGAGAAGCAGGAGAAAGCAAUCACAGCCAACCUGCGGCCACCGCUGGAGCAGAGCCGGGCGGUGCAGGACAGCGCCGAGCGCUCCAAGGACCUGAAGAACAUCACCAACGAGGUUCGCCGCAUCGAACCCGAGAAGGUGCGGAAGAUCCAGGAGUGUGAGGCCUUCAUCGAGUCCGUGCCCAACACUGGCAGUGCCACCCUGGUGAAGAGCAAGGUGGAGAACACCAACAAGAAGUACGACCGCGUGGUGCAGCUGCUCAGCGCCGCCCAGGAGAAAGUUGAGGUGGCCACGAACCUUGAGAGGAGCCUCCAGCAAGGCCGGGACCUGCUGUCUACCUACGAGAACAAGCUGGUGACAGAUGACACAGUGCCCGAGGACCCGCGGGUCAUGGAGCGCAAGAAGGAAGAGCUGCUGGCCAUGGGCACUGAGCUUCAGUCCAAGAAGUUCCUGCUCAGUGAAGCAGAGCAGAACUUGCAGAGGACCAAGUCCUGCUCCAACACCCUGGCCAGCAAGUUCCAGGAGCACUGCCCUGACAUCGAGCGGCAGGAAGCUGAGCUCUACAAACUCAACCAACGUUUCAACAACCUCAGCAAGCAAAUUGACCACAGGACACAGACCCUGCAGAAGGCCAGGAGCGCCUAUGCCAACUACCGCAGCAACUACGACAGUGUCAGCAAGUUCCUCUGCAACGUCCCCAACUACGAGCCCCAGGAGACUGACAACAUCCAGCAGGUGGAAAUGAAGCUGAGGAGUCAAGCGGCGCUGCUCAGCGACAUUGCAAGCAAGGAACAGGAGGUGCAGAAGGUCUCUGCCACAGCUCAGCAAUACCAGCAGGCAGUGAAGGACUAUGAGCUGGAGGCAGAGAAGCUGAGGUCCAUCCUUGACCUGGAGAACGGCCGCAAUGGGUACACCAGCAAGAAGCCCAGGCUGCAGUCCCCAGCUGCCAAGGUGAAAGAGGAGGAAGCCAUUCUGGCAGCCAAGUUCACCGAAGUCAACGCCGUGAACAAACAGAGGCUGCAGAAUCUGGAGUUCGCCCAGAGCCUCCUGCGGCAGCAACCAGAGGUCCAACUGACAGCAGACUGUGUCCAGACGAAAACAUCUGCAAGACCUUUGGAGGAAGUCUGGAAGCUGAAGAAAGAGCUUGAGGAUGAGACUCAGCGUCGGCAGCAGCUGGAGGCAGAGAUCCAAGCCAUUCAGAACAACAUUGUCCACCUGCAAAACCAAAAGCCCCAAGAAAUGGUUGUGAAGAAAGAGUUGCUGAAGAAAGUGCCUGACCCUCAGCUAGAGGAGAGCUUCCACAAGCUGCAGCAGAACCUAGCAGAGGAGCAGCGCAAGAACCAGGUCUUGCAGGACGAGCUGGAGGCUCUUAAGGUCAGGCUGCGCAUCUUGGAGCAUGAGAAGAGGGAAGGAGGCCAGGAGUACAUCGUGAAAGAGGUGCUGAGGAUUGAGCAAGACAAGGCUCAAGCUGAUGAAAUCCUGAGGCUCAAAGAAGAACUGGAAGAGCUCAGGAGGCAGGAAGGAACCAGAGAGAACGAAGUCAUCCUCCUGCGCCAGCAGAUCUCGGUGCUGUCCAGCGAGAAGAACAGGGAGCAGGAGAAAGUAACGGAGAAAGAGGUGCUGAAGCUGCAGAACGACCCUCAGCUGGAGAUGGAGUUCCGGAUGUUGCAGGAGAACAAGCAGAGGGAGAGUGCCCUGAGGCAGAAGCACGAGGAAGAGCUCAGCUUCCUGCAGGACAAGCUCAAGCGGCUGGAGAAGGAGCGGGCCAUCGCCGAGGGCAAAAUCACCGUCAAGGAGGUGCUGAAGGUGGAGAAAGACCUGGCCAUUGAGAGGGAGGUGAACGAGCUCCGGCGACAGUACGAAGAUGAGAAGUCCAAGGGUCGCUCCAAUGAGCGGGAAAAGGCUGAGCUGCUCAGGAAGAUUCAGCUGCUGGAGGAGGAGAACUCCAAGGUGGUUGUCCAGGAGAAGGUGCGUGAGAUUGUGCGCCCUGACCCCAAGGCAGAAAAUGAGGUUGCCAACCUCCGUUUAGAGCUGGUAGAGCAGGAGAGAAGAUACCGAGGUGGGGACGAGCAGCUGAAGAGCUGCCAGAAUGAGCUGGCUGCUCUGAGGAACAGAGGACCGCUGGUAGAAGUCAAAGAAGUCAUCAAGGAGGUCAUUAAGUACAAAACUGAUCCAGAAACCGAAAAGGAGCUGCAGCGACUGCGGGAGGAAAUCAUCGAGCGGACAGGAGCCAUUGAGCGAGCUGACCUGGAGAUCUACCAGCUGAAGCAGGAGAUACAAGCUCUGAAAGACACCAAACCCCAAGUGCAAAUGAAGGAAGUGGUUCAGGAAAUCCUGCAGUUCCGGGAAGACCCCAAGACCAGAGAGGAGGUGGAGUCUCUGAGAGCACAGCUAGCAGAUGAACAGAUGAAACACGUUGACCUGGAGAGGGAGCGGCUACUCCAAGAGGAGAAAGUAAGGCAGAGGGAAGAAGAACUUUCCCAGGUGAAGGAAAAGGUGGUCCAGCAGGAAGUGGUGAAGUACGAGCAAGAUCCUGCCUUGAAAGCGGAGGUGAACUCCUUCUCUCAGAGCAUCGAGAGCGAGCUGAAGCAGAUCGAUGGGCUCCGCGAGGAGCUGCGCAAGCUGCAGCGGAGGAGGUCUGAGCUGGAGCGGCAGCUGGAGGAGCUGGAGAAGGAGAGGCAGGCCCGCAGGGAGGCUGAGUUGGAGGUGCAGAGACUGAAGAUCAGGCUCAGUGAGCUGGAAGAGCAAGAGAGGGAGACAACGGAACGAGUGACCGUGAAGCAGAAAGUGAUCCUUCAGCAAGACCCCCAGCAAGAGAAGGAGCACUCUCUGCUCAAGCUGGAGCUGGAAGAGGAGAAGCACCGCAGGCAGGUCUUGCAAACUGAACUCGAGGCCCUGAGGAAGAAGCUGCUCUCCUUGGAGAAGAUGGAGGUCAAGGAGAAGGUGGUCUUUUCAGAGAGCGUCCAGGUGGACAGAGGGGACACGGAGUAUGAGAUUCAAAAGCUGAAGAGCAACCUGGAGGAGGAAAGCAGGAGGAAGAGGGAACUGGACGCAGACAUCAACCGCCUGGAGACCAGGCUGUCCGAGGUGGAAUUCAACAACUCCAAGUCAUCAAAGGAGCUUGACCUGCUGAGGGAGGAAAACCACAAACUGCACCUUGAGAAGCAGAACCUGCUGAUGGAAACCAGGAGGCUGCAGUCAGAGAUUGAACUGACAGCAACGGAAGCUCGGGAUCUGAGGAACAUGACCCAUGUGGACAGCGGCAUAAACCUGGACUCCAGAUUCCAGGCUUUGGAAAGGGAGCUGGAUGAGCUGAAGCAACUCUCCAGAGAAAAGGAUGCGGAGAUUGAGCAGCUCCAGAACCGCCUCAAGACGGUGGCUAUCAAGAGGGAACAAAGAGAGAACCACCUGAGGCGCUCCAUUGUGGUCAUCGACCCCGACACAGGCAAGGAGAUGUCUCCAGAGGAGGCUCACUUGUUUGGCCUCAUUGAAUGGAGCCUCUUUGUCAAGCUGAAGAGUCAGGAAUGUGACUGGGAGGAGAUCUCCAUCAAGGGCCCCAAUGGGGAGUCGUCGGUGAUCCUCGACAGGAAGUCGGGGCGAGAGUUCUCCAUCGAAGAUGCCUUGAAGAGCGGGAGGCUGAGCACGGCCCAGUACAACAGUUACCUCAACAAGGAGAUGUCAAUCCAGGAGCUGGCAGUCCUGGUGUCUGGCACCACUUACACAGCUCUCCCUCCACUUUAGAAAGCCCAGAGCAGUUGGUCCGAGCUGCACCGCUCCAUAGGCUCCCGGAUCACUGCGACUCCUUCUCCUUUGCCUCUUCCAAGCUGCUCCAGCCUCUGCCCCAGCCACGCUCACCCAGCCACGCUGCUGCUUGCUGUUGCCCACUGCAGAAGAAAACCACUGGUGUAGUGGGGGACACGUUCAUCAGCACUACAGCACCACCUUCUCCCCCUCUUCAUCCCUACCUGGUCACUCAUCCCAACAGAAUCCGAGAGAAAAAGCCUUAGGAUGUAGAAAUGUGAAGCUCAAAGACUCAGUACAACCUGAAGCCCAAAACUUGGUAGAACCUGAAGCCCAAGGACCCCACAGAAUAUGAAGUUUGAAGACUCAGUAGAACCUGAAGCCCAAGGACUCAGUACAAUCUGCAGCUCAAAACUUGUUAGAACCUGAAGCCCAAGGACCCCACAGAAUAUAAAGUUCAAAGACUCAGCAGAACCUGAGGCUCAAAACUUGGUAGAAUCUGAAACCCAAGGACUCAGUAGAAGCUGAAGAUCAAAACUUGGUAGAACCUGAAGCUCAAAAACUCAGUAGAAGCUGAAGAUCAAAACUUGAUAGAACCUGAAGCUCAAAAACUCAGUAGAAGCUGAAGAUCAAAACUUGAUAGAACCUGAAGCUCAAAAACUCAGUAGAAACUGAAGAUCAAAACUUGAUAGAACCUGAAGCUCAGAAACUCAGUAGAAGCUGAAGCUCAAAACUUGGUAGAACCUGAAGCUCAAAAACUUAGUAGAAGCUGAAGCUCAAAACUUGGUAGAACCUGAAGCUCAAAGACUCAACAGAAGCUGAGCCCAAAAGACUCAGCUGAGCCUGGAGGCCAAGGACUCAGUAGAACCUGCAGUUUCCUCAAUGUAUACUCAAGCAGUCACUUAAAAAGCUGUAUCCAGUGUUUAGAGACUGAAGCUGACUCCAUGGUGACCAGCAGGAGCUGGUGACACCAGCUGCAAAUUGACAGGCCAGCCGGGUUCACUGUGGACACUGCCUAAAUGAUGGGGACCAUCCGCUAAGAAGCCCAGCUCUGGACAGCCAAAGGUGUGCCACACACCUCCAUCUAGCAUGGCCACAGCAAGCCCUGAAGAGGCUUUGCUCACCCACCUGCCCACAGUGCUGGGGAUGAGUGGAGCAGGUGGCAUUUGAUGGCAUCAGCCCUGGAUCCGGGCAGACGCAUUCCCAUAGCAGAGGUCACCAGAAAGCACCUGGGAGACAUUGGCCAAGCCCAAGAGGGCAGAGCAAAACAGGCAGCUGUAACCCACAGCAGAGUGCCUUCACCUGGUGGCCCCAAGCCAUCCCUGCUGGUUUUUACUGGUUGGAGUUCCAUGGAGCUCCAGGGUUCACCACCUGCCUGGGGGGAUGGGGAAUAGAGGGGAAUUCUAUUUAUAGCACCAAAUAAAAGCGCAGUGGGUCCAGGCAGAA